CCCCGCCCCCUCGCGGAGCACUGUGGGAGCCGCUUCCUUGGAUCCGCGCGUGGCAACGCCGUGGCCGCCGCGCUCCGCGGAGUGACCGAAAGGCCGCUGCCGCCCCGCCGCGCUCGCCGUCGCCCUGGUCCUCUCGCCGCGAGGUGCAUGAUGCAGAACGUCCACCUGGCGCCCGACACAGACGAGGAUGACCUUUAUUCCGGUUACAAUGACCACAACCCAACCUAUGACACCGAGGAGUUGGAGAAUGACACAGCUUUUCAGCAAGCCGUGAGAACUAGCCAUGGCCGGAGACCUCCAAUAACCGCUAAAGUACCGAGCACAGCAGUUGCUAGACCCGUAGCUACUGGAUGUGGGUCCAAGACCUCCCUGGCGUCGUCAAUGGGAAGACCCGGGACAGGGGCUCUCCAGGAUGGAGUGACCAGACCCAUGACGGCCGUGCGAGCAGCCGGAUUUACCAAGGCGGCGUUGAGAGGCUCUGCACUCGACCCCCUCGGUCAGGCCCGUGGCCCCGCGCCGCCCCUGGAGGCCAGGAGCGAGGACAGUCCGGAAGAAAAGAUUCGACAAUUAGAGAAGAAAGUAAACGAGCUGGUGGAGGAAAGCUGUGUCGCCAGCAGCUGUGGAGACUUAAAACUGGCCUUGGAAAAGGCAAAAGAUGCGGGAAGAAAAGAGCGAGUGCUGGUGAGACAACGAGAACAAGUUGCAAGUCCAGAAAACAUCAACUUGGACUUAACUUACUCGGUUCUCUUCACCUUGGCCAGUCAGUAUUCAGCGAAUGAAAUGUAUGCCGAAGCGUUAAACACGUAUCAAGUUAUCGUGAAAAACAAGAUGUUUAGCAAUGCAGGACGGUUGAAAGUGAAUAUGGGAAAUAUUUAUUUAAAGCAAAGAAAUUAUUCCAAAGCCAUUAAAUUCUACCGAAUGGCCUUAGAUCAGAUUCCAAGCGUCCAUAAAGAAAUGAGGAUUAAAAUUAUGCAGAACAUUGGAGUUACAUUUAUUAAAACGGGGCAGUAUUCAGACGCUGUUAACUCAUUUGAGCAUAUAAUGAGUACGGCACCAAAUCUGAAGGCAGGCUUCAACCUCAUUCUUAGUUACUUUGCCCUUGGAGAUCGAGAGAAAAUGAAGAAAGCAUUCCAAAAACUGAUUGCUGUUGCAUUAGAAAUUGAUGAAGAUGAUAAAUAUGUUUCACCAAGCGAUGACCCACAUACUAACUUAGUGAUUGAAGCUAUAAAAAACGAUCAUUUAAGGCAAAUGGAACGUGAAAGGAAAGCCAUGGCGGAAAAAUACAUCAUGACUGCUGCAAAACUCAUCGCUCCUGUAAUUGAGACGUCGUUUGCUGUGGGUUAUGAUUGGUGUGUCGAAGUUGUGAAAGCCUCUCCGUAUGUAGAGCUGGCGAACGACUUGGAAAUAAACAAAGCAGUCACAUAUUUGAAGCAAAAGGACUUCCACCAGGCGGCGGAGACCUUAAAAAUGUUCGAGAAGAAGGACAGCCGGGUGAAGAGCGCGGCGGCGACCAACCUCUCGUUCCUGUACUACCUGGAAAAUGAAUUUGCACAAGCCAGUAGCUAUGCAGAUUUGGCCGUUAACUCCGACAGAUACAAUCCGUCAGCUCUUACUAAUAAAGGGAAUACAGUUUUUGCAAAUGGUGAUUAUGAGAAAGCAGCUGAAUUCUACAAAGAGGCUCUAAGAAAUGAUUCUUCUUGUACUGAAGCACUUUAUAAUAUUGGCCUUACCUAUAAGAAGCUAAACCGGCUUGAUGAAGCCCUGGACUGUUUCCUGAAACUGCACGCAAUCCUGAGAAACAGCGCCCACGUCCUUUACCAGAUAGCAAACAUAUACGAGUUAAUGGAGGACCCCGGUCAAGCGGUGGAGUGGUUGAUGCAGCUGCUCAGUGUUGUUCCAACUGACUCCAGAGUGCUGUCUAAGCUGGGAGGAUUAUACGACAGCGAGGGGGACAAGUCCCAGGCCUUCCAGUAUUAUUAUGAGUCCUACAGGUACUUCCCGUCCAGCAUCGACGUCAUCGAGUGGCUUGGCGCCUACUACGUCGACACCCAGUUUUGCGAGAAAGCCAUUCAGUACUUUGAAAGAGCUUCUCUUAUACAACCUACACAAGUGAAAUGGCAGCUGAUGGUAGCUAGUUGUUUUAGAAGAAGUGGUAACUACCAAAAAGCAUUAGAUACUUACAAAGAUAUUCACAGAAUGUUUCCGGAAAAUGCUGAAUGUCUACGCUUCUUGGUCCGUCUCUGCACUGAUAUUGGCCUGAAAGAAGUUCAAGAAUAUGCAGCAAAACUCAAGAGACUGGAAAAAAUGAAAGAAAUACGGGAACAGCGCGUCAGGUCCGGCAGGGACGGCAGCCGAAGGGACGGGAGCGCUGGCAGUGACAGCGGCCAGAACUGCAGCAAGAGCGAGCGGCUCCGCGCCCAGCUCCGCGCUCUGCCCGGGACGGACGCGCCUUACGAGAGCAGCUGCAGCAGGGAGCCAGAUGCCUCCUAUGUGGAUCCUCUGGGCCCGCAGGCGGAGAGACCAAAAACGGCAGCCAAGAAGAGGCUCGACGAGGAUGAUUUUGCGGAUGAGGAGCUAGGGGAUGAUUUGCUUCCAGAGUGACGGACAUUUUACCCUGUUACUCACGGAGGGAGAGACGGCGCCCUGCGGGACAGCCCUCUCGCUCGGCUUUGGAGCGCACGUCCAGACUGUCAUUUUGCACCCUGCCCAAGCUUUAGACAAGUGUAUUCUGUUCCGUGAGUAGGGGUUUGUGUUUUGCUUUGGUUGGAAUGGAAUUAAACACAUGUGAAACUAAUGCUGUAGCCCAGCGACCUGCAGCAAGAAGGAAGCCUUGUAGCCCUCGCUCCCUCGUGCCCGCGCGCCCAUCAGAACGUGUGUGCCCACAGCGCACCCUUCUCACUACACUGCGUGCUGCUCUUUUCCAUGACUUCGUUACGACGACGAGUUCAGGCUGGGAACGCCAUGCUGACGUCUUGCUUUGCAGCUUGAAAAGGACUGGGCUGGAGCCUGUUCCCGAUGAGUUUUAUUUAAGCGAAACUCCUCCGCGUUUCGAAGCUGAGCCUUGGGACCUCUGGCCUCAUGGGGAUAGUAACCCUGCUGAGGUUGGUUUGGGACGCAGCCCAGGAUGCAGUGGGGAGACUCCGAGCCCGUAGAGCCUCUCUGCCCUCAGCCCGAGGCGCCAGCGGCUCUGAGCACCGCCAGCCUCGUGACUGCCUCGCUACCUGCCCCUGGGUGUGGGGUCAGGGCCCGCGUCUCCGUCAGCUCCGCCUAGGGACCCCUCUGUCUUGGCGUUGCUGCUGCCGCGCUCGCCCCUGUUGGGUGCAGGAGGAGGAAAGCCCACGGCAGAGCAGGGUCCCCCUCCCGAAGGAGGCCCCGAUCUCCCGGGAGGCCCCCCGUGGACGCAGGCACCCCCGGGGGUGAGCCUCUGAGGCCGUGGCCGUGCCUGACGCGGAGCCCGAGGAGACAGACAGAAAACGUGGCUCUGAUGGACCUGAGGUGCUGCCGAGGGCAGCUGUGAGAAUACAGUGGCGGGAUGGCAGGUGCGGAGGAGCCGCGAGGGGAGGCGACGGGGGGCAGCGAGAGCGCCAGCAGGUUCACCCGCAGCAGAGGGGCCGGGAGCAGCUGGUCGUGCAGGGAAGGGCUGGUCGGGUAGGAAAGGCCUAGUUUCUGUUUUGGGCACAGGCUGCUGGCGGGGAAGGAAAGGGAGAUACAGGUUGCGUUGUUGCAGUGACCAGUUUCUGCAGCGUUUUUGUCUUGCAGCUUUGGGUUUCAUUUUGUACCGUUACCACCUGACCGGGAGCUGGGAAGCCCUGCCGCGGGCGUGUGUCACCACCAGGAAGACGGGCGCGGCAGGGCCACAGGGCCUGGGGCAGCGGGGACAGCACGUGGGAGGGGUCAGGGGCUGCUGGAGCGGGUGGGUCCUCGAGGGAGGCAGGGCCGGGGCGCGGAGGAGAACAGCGUUGGGGUCCCAUUCUGGGACUGACAGGUGCCCUUAGAAGGCUUUACGCAAGGAAGGCAGGUGUGGUGAUUUGAUUCAGCCUUGGGAACCAGCGGUCACACCGGGUGUCGCCGAGCCAGCUGGGCUGAGGCAGGCGGGGGGAGGCGACAGGGCGGAAGUGACGGGGCAGGUCUUUAGCAGACGUCCCAAGACGUGGUCGAGCCCGCGCACAUUCCGGAGGCCGCGCGCCGAAGGCUUGCCAGUGGAUGGGAUGUGGGUCGCGAGGCAGAGGGGAUGGUGGCCAAGUUGGAGGCUGGGGACCGAGCGGCUGGCGUUGCCUUCAGAGGUGGGUGCGGAUCGCGGGGCGUCUGUGGUCACGGUUUAGUCAUGUUAAAUUCAGGGUGUCUCUUUUGUUGUCGUCGUUGGCCACGCCCGCAGCAUGUAUAGAAGUUCUCGGGUCAGGGAUGGAGCCAGAGCCACAGCAGCGACAACCCCGGAUCCUUAACGCACCGAGCCACCCAGGUGUCUCUGAAGCAUCCGACUGGAGACACGAGAAGUUCGUGAGUUUACAGAUCCAGGGCUGCAUCCGCGUACAACUGCUCCUACAGCUACGGCUCCUACAGCUACAGCUCCUACAGCUACAGCUUGCACAGCUACAGCUCGCUGCAGUGGAAUCCAGUGAGGUCACCUGGGGGGCGGAUAGGAGACACGGCUGCAGGGCAGGGAAGAGAGAUGACGCAGCAAACGCCGAGCGGGGCCACAGGUGAUGGGGGUGGGGGUUCAGAGCUGAGCACGUGGGACCUCCAGUUCCAGGGAGGGUGCCCUGGACCCUGCGAGGCCAGUGCUCCUGCUCUGACGGCCAGGGAGAAACACGUGCUCACGUCCCUGGAGGAAAGUCAGAGGAGAGCACUGUUCCUGGAGGAGCCGACAUCCCGCUGACUCAUCUCUAGGGCGUCUGCCAGCUCAGAACAUCGGCUGAGGCGCGGAAAGGGGCCCUCCCAGGGAAGAGAGGCUUGCGGAGCCUUUGUGUGCUGUCAGCCCCACAUCCUAGAACCGUAGAGAAGCCCGCAGUCCUCACUGGCCUGUGCUGAGCUCUGCGCUGGUGCUGGGGGACGGAGCCUCGAGGCUCAGAGUUAGAUUCCCCACUGUCUGCGGGUCCUUAGGGCACAAAUGCAGCAGAGACACGGACGGUGUGUGAGGCUGUGGGCAGGAGCUCACGCUGGAAGUGUGAAGGCUCCAGGGACUGAGCUGACUGGCUUGCCCUCCUUCGCAGCGGAAGGAGACACAUCGCCUAGGCUCUCGGUCAAAAGCCUGGAAGGACACGUGAACCAGGAGCGGACUGACUCUGAGAGAAACUCAUCCAGCUCAGUCCGUGCUUGCGUUGGGGGAGUUGGUUCCAAGUCCUCUCUGAGUAGCAGAGGAAAGGGGAGCUUCCUCCGGCGACAAAUCGUGUGCAGCUUCCACAGUUCUUCCGUAUGCAGCAUGUGGCACAUAAUAAUAAAAGUCAACAGCUGGA